CUUGAUGUCCGUCUCUCUGUCAGUGCCAGAUAAACAGCCGCUUGUUUAUGCCAUGAUUUUGCCAAUAGGCAUUGAUCCUUCUGCUCUGCGUUGCUGAAACAUGUCCAGAUGUGAGGAGGCAAGAAAUGCAACUGACUGGUCCCAGAGACGAGAGUGGACAUUUAAGAAACUUCUGAACAGCAGAAAAACAUCUGGACAGACACUGGAAAAACAGCUGUCUUCAACCUUGAUCACAUCUGUUGAUCUGAGGCCUGUUAGGAAAAAAAGAUACCUGAACAUCACAUCACAACAUCUGUAUUGUAGAAAUUAAUUUGAAACAUUAGAACAACACCUAGACAAGAGGUUCUGGCCUCUGAACACAAUCACAUGUAAUAUCUGUCCCACAGCAGAGAAACAUGUGGUUUCAUCACCACACAGCUGGUUGAGUUUUUGAAAACUAAUCAGCUGUGUUCUCUGAACUCUGUGAACAAGGAACGUGGGAGAUGGGAGGAAUAGUGUGUACAGAAGAGAUGAAGGAGGAGAAGAGGAGGAGCGAAGGGAGGGAAGACAGUUUGGCAUCAGCAGACAGAAUACGAAGAUUCACCGUCAAACAGUUUGGAUACAAUGUUCUGAGCCUGGCUCGCCGAGGUCUGAAGGAGGUUCCAGAUGAACUGUGGGAGUUGUUGGAGUUGGACAAGCUGAAUUUGUCUCUCAACAGCCUGACUGUUCUUCCUUCUCAGCUGGCUCUGCUGUCUAACCUGGUGGUCCUCAAUCUGUGGGGUAACCAGCUGAGCAAUUUGCCACCAGAGAUCGGUCAGCUGAGGAAACUCCGAGUUUUAUUUGCCUACAGAAACAGACUUAAAGAGGUUCCUGAAGAGCUGGGCGCCUGCACACAGCUGGAGGUGCUGAGUUUAGCCAACAACCAGCUGUCAUCGCUGCCGGCUUCUCUCUCUAAUCUGACCCAAUUGAGGAAGCUCAACCUCAGUCACAACCUCAUCACUCACAUCCCGGGCUGUGUCUACAACAUGAAGGCUCUGGUGUUCCUUCACUUGGCCUUUAACCGUCUAGAGAACCUGGCAGAGAACAUUCAGGCUCUGGUGGAGCUCAGAAUUCUCAUUGUGGAGGGAAACAGCAUCCACUCAUUGCCCAAGGCCCUCUGCUGCCUCACCAGGUUGGAGUUACUGAAUCUCGACUUUAACGACAUCAAGGAUGUUCCACAGGAGAUGCACCAGCUGUCCCGGCUGGAGAAGCUUGCUUGCCAUCCUCUGGAUAAAGGACUUCACAUUGUCCACAACCCGCUGCUAAAACCAGUGAAGGAGGUGCUGGAGGGCGGGCUCGGUGCACUUUUUAACUACCUGAGAGCAGGGUAGCUUGUAACAACAUAAGAAAUGGAUUUAGAACUUUUUCAAUACAUUUUAACUACUUAAAGUGUUGAAUAGGGAGCAGGAGUUUUUAAACUACCUUAGAGCUGCAGAAUGGACUUAUAGCCACCCCAGUGAUUUGUGCGAGGCGGGGCUUUUGUUGUUCUUAAACAACCUGUGGGCUUGGAACAGGGGCAGGUGACUGAGAUGACUGAGCAUGUGUCCAAAUGGAUGUAUGUAGACUAGUAAAAUUUUUCUUAAAGAGAAGUAACUUUGAAUCCCUGAAGAGGUUCACAUAUGACUGCCAGCACUGAUAAGUGGACUGGACAGUAUGGUCCAGCACCUAUUAACCCUCCGACCAGUUUCCCCAGGAAACAGGCUCAGCCCAGUCAGUCCUCAUGUUCUGAUCUUACAUCAUCAAACAAGAUCCAGAUGAAUACGAUCAGCUAGUGGUUCUUAUCCCUGUGCUUAGGACUCAUUCACUGACACUUCCUGUCAUAUUUCUGCUCAUCUGAAUUUAUUGAACUGGAUAUUUCUUUUAACUGUAUUGAUUAUGCAGAACUUGGCACUGCAUUUACCCCUUUUAUAGCUCUUCCAAAGACCUUUAGAUAAUACUGACAUCAUAUGUUAACCCUCUGCUCAGGUUCUAACUAGUCUCCUUACUCAGUGAGGUAGAGUUCAACUGUCACAGUUGACCAAUAUAUGGACUGGUUAUAUUUAAGUAAAUCUAUACCUGCAUAACCACAUAUGCAUGUGACAUUUCUACAAGUUCAGAAAAACAAAGUAGAAGAUUGUUUUAGUUUCUUGUUAUCUCACAUUUCUACUAUGGAGGACCACAAGAGCCGCGCGCAUCGAAAUAAAGAAUU